AUGGCGGCGGCGGAGCCCGGCAUGAAGCAGUUCGGCGGCGGCGGCGGGGCCGCCCCGGAUGCCGAGCGCGGCCGCUUCCCCCACUGCGUGGUGUGGACCCCGAUCCCCGUCCUGACGUGGCUCUUCCCGAUCAUUGGCCACAUGGGGAUCUGCACAUCCACUGGAGUCAUCCGGGACUUCGCGGGGCCGUACUUUGUCUCCGAAGACAACAUGGCAUUUGGGAAACCAGUGAAGUACUGGAAGCUGGAUCCCAACAAAGUCUACGCCACUGGUCCCAACGCCUGGGACACGGCCGUGCACGAUGCCUCGGAGGAGUACAAGCACCGCAUGCACAACCUUUGCUGUGAUAACUGCCAUUCCCACGUGGCCCUGGCCUUAAACUUGAUGAGGUAUGAUAACAGCACCUCCUGGAACAUGGUGAAACUCUGCUUCUUCACACUCCUGUAUGGGAAAUACGUCAGCAUAGGGGGGUUUGUGAAGACCUGGCUGCCCUUUGUCCUGUUCCUGGGGGUGAUUGUGACCGUUGUUCUCACCCUGCACCUGCGGUGAUGGCAGCUCUGAACCCCCCAAUCCCUGAGCACACGAAGGAAGAAACUGUGACUGAUCCAGCGGGAUGGAGGCUUGGGACUCUGGGAGCCGUUUUCCAGGGAAGGUGGUGACCCCACUCCAUUGUAACAGCUCAUCUUUGUUUCCUGGAACUGCCUUCUUUUCCUCCUGUUUUUGUUCUGUCGAUGGUGUCUCCCAGUGUCAGGGGUCUGGAAGCUCCUGCUCUCUCCCUGCCUGCAGCUGGGGAGGUGGGAAUGGGAUCAAGAAAGGGAAGGGUUGGGCACCUUUGCUUUCAGUGCCAAGAAAAGCCACAAGGCAAACCUUGCCUCCUCCAGGAGCACAAGCACAUCCACCUUGUAAGGUUCUCUCUGACCACCUGCUUUCAUCCUCUUGGCAGAUUCCACCAGAUGCUCCCUCGGAUUCCCUGAGUCUCCAGUUAGGAGUUGUUUUCCCUGUUGCACGUCUCUCCAGUAGCACACAUUCCAAGUGGAGGUGUGGGGUUCUUCCCAGGGGGAUGGGGUGCCCCAGCACUCACUGUCUCCCUCCCUGGCAGUGGCAGGAAGGUGUUGAGGUGGGACACUCCUGAGGGACGCUCUGUGGCAGGGCCAGCUCCCCUGGUCCCGCUGGUGAGCCUGGAAAGGCAGGAAAGUCGAUGGGCUGGCUUGGGAAUGGCUCAUGGCAGUCUGCACCCCUUCAGGAGCCUGGUGCAGUGUUGAGAAUCAGCUGCUCGGGCCCUUUCAGCUUGUGCCAGAGAAAAUAGCGCUUCCCUGCUUCUCCCUGUGCUCUGAAUAGCUAAAUCUGUCCUUGCACUCCUCACAAGCCUCUCGUUUUCCUUUGAUCCCUGUCCUUUGUGUCUCCCAGGCGGCGGCAGGGACGUGUUUCUGGGGCAGAGGGCUGAGCGUGGGGUUUGGAGGCCUCUGUGAGAGCAGCACCUGAGCUUAGAGGGGCCACCAGAGAUGAGAAGAGGAGGUGAAGGGACUGGGAGAUGCCCAUCCUCUGGCUGGGCUUUGCAGCAGCAAACUGGGACACUGGCUUUUCUCCCUGGGCGGUGGUUCAGGGCUGGUUCAGCACCUUUGGUGUGCUUUGGAGGGCACACCUGGGGUACAGCUUUGCAGGGCUGGCUUUGGUGUGAGGCAGGCAGUGGUGGGGGGCUGAUGGCCCUGUUGAGCCCUGGGAGGGGCAGGAUGGGCUGUAGGGGGUGAGGUGGCUCCUGAGUGCCAGGCAGGAAGGCAGUUGGGGUGUGACCCAGCACCCCUUCCAUGUCAGGGUCUAUGUCUGCCGAGGCUCUGCCCUGCAGGUGCUGGUUUUGGAGGGCCCUGAGCCGGGUGGGUUCUUAAAAAACAAGCCUGGCUGAAGGCUUAUGUGCAGUUGAGCAGAUCCCUGCUGACUGCAGAGGGAGGAGAAGAGCUUUUUCCAGUCGGAAAACCAGCUCGUUACCCUGCUGCCUGAUGGAUUUCAAGCUCAAGGAGUGCCUGUGGCAGCAGGGAAGCUUUCCUGGACUCCCUGCAGUCUCUGACUGGGGAGCCCAUUCACUGCCACUCCCCUGGCUCUCAGACCCCUCCCCAUGUGCCUCCCUGCCCUCUCCCACCUCCCUGAUUCCUCCAGCCAUAUGGGAGGGUUGGAGCCUCCUCUUGGGCUUGUUUUUGUGUUUCCUUUUCCUCAGUCACUUAAAUCGCUCCUUAAGCCUCUCCCUUCUCCUUCAUGGUCUCUCUCUCGCUCUGUGCUGGCUUUCCUGGGGUGGGUGCCGACCUUGGCACCCUUCCCCAUCUCUCUGGAGCUCCAACAUGCCGGUGUCUGCUCUGUACAGUCCUUUCCCUCCUGUGUGGGGAGCAUGGGAUGGAGGGUGCUGGGCCUGGGGCUGCUCAGAAAGCCAAGAUCCCGAUCAGAGAGAGCCUUAGGAUGAAAGGAUGGUGUGUUCUGGAGCUCCCCUGCCUUUCCACCCGGUAGCCACAGGCCAGCGUGCCCCGGGGGGAUGGGAGAGAGGAAUCCUUUCCCUCUGUGUUUAUUUAAAGUGUGAUUCCUUGGAGUGACCGGCCCUGGGGCUGGAGCUGACCCGUCCUACGCAGCAGCAAUAACCUCGAGCCCCCUGGGCCCGGCCCACCCGUGUUUUAUCCAUGAGCUCUGCAAGAAUUGCCAAAGCUGAGACUUGGGGGUGUCUGGCAGCCCCGCUCCUGGGACUCCCAAAACCCCACUGUGAAAUCCCCUCCCGUUUGCUCCCGAUGCUUUUUGACCCGAGCAGGGUUUGGAAUGGCGAGGGCGAGCCCCCCGUCCCUCACAUCCUUUGUUCCCUUCAUCUCUGCGGGGCGCUGGAUUUCUUUGUAAAUAUUUAAACUCUGCUUCUGUGGUUUCAUAAUCCCGAUGGCAGGGAAAUAAACUGAUUUCUGUGGAUGUCUCCAA